AUGGAAGAGGUGGUGGUCGUAGAAGGGCCCUCAUCCGGUUACGUCGUCAAAAAUCGACCAUAUCUUCUGAGCUGCAAGGCGUUGAACGCGAAGAAGAUUCGAUUCAAGUGCAACUCCAAAUGGAUCGACGAAUCGCGAAUCGAGAACAAGCUCGGCACCGACCCAUCCACCCAAAUGGCAUUUAUGGAAGGCCGUGUAGAGAUUUCAAGAGCCGAAGUCGAAGCCGGGUUCCCCAUGGAGGAUUUUUCGUGCCAGUGCUACGCGAGCAGAACCUCUGACUCCGAUGUGGUCCGGUCGAAUCCGGCACGCGUCAAGCCGGCAUCGACUCCGCGGGCCACGGCUCAAAAAUGCGUCUCCCGAAAUCAUCAACCAUCUGGCCCA